AUGUUAAAGUUAAAGAAAAAACUGAAAAGUAAAUUCAAAUCUUCGAAAAUUGAGUGCCUUCCAAGUGAUGAUUUUAGUGUGCUAUCUUUUGAAUUAGAUGGGAUGGGGAAUUCACCGGCACCUCCACCAACAGCAUCGGAGCCAUCAUCAUCGUCCUCGCUGUCCCUGUCACCUGUGAUGCCCAGCAGCCCGAGGCGUUUGAUUUCUAGAAAUGUUCAACCAUCGGAACGACAUCCGACAGGGCCUAGUCCUGGGUGUCAGAGUGGUCAAAAUUCUACAUCUAUGAGCUACAGCUGUUGCUACAAUUAUAAUUUUAACAUCAACUACAAUUUUUCACCCCCACCCCCGCCAAGUUGCGAAACUGCGUGCGACGGAAUGAAUUCACCUAAGUGGUGUGACGAGGAAAUUUUCGAAGAGCUAACACGUUUCGAUAGCAAUAGUCAGCUCACGUCGGAACAAUCCGGAGAUCAGCCCAAGAAACCUCACUACCAACGAAAGGUCCGUCCAAUGUCCACGGAUCGUAGCAAACGUAGCACAUCCAGCAUGUCCUCGAAAGUCACUCCCGGAAACCCACGGUUACUGAAGGCAACGAUGAAGCCGGCCCGGUGUCUUUCGACAAGCGAUCUAUCCACCUACAAGGGAAGCAUGAUUGGCGAGGCCAACCACGAUAUGCAGAACAUCUGCAACCGGUUGCACUCUUCCAAGAUUACCGAAAUGCUGGACCAGAAAGGCACUCAACUCACGGAUCACGAUCGAAGAAUCCUUCACUGCAUGGUCCUCAAACGGAUCAAAGAAAUUGAACGUCUCGAAGAAUCGGUUGUAGCCAAGCAGUGCUGGGAGCAGGAGAAGCACUACAGGAAGUCUCUGCUGGACCAACAGGAACGCAACUACAAAAAAGCUAUCAAACAGAAACGGAGCAUCGAAGAGAUAGAAAAAAGUCAACGGAAGCAACGACUUGCCCGCUUAGAACAACAACAGAUAGAGAGAAUUCAAAAUGAAAUCUGCCAAAAGGACAUCCGGUCGACCAAUCUGCUGAAAACCCUCGAGAUCAAGAAGGGCAUCAAGGAGUGUGAGAAAAAAAAUCGAGAACUCAAACGCAUCGAAGAUGCCACCGUUAACCAAGAGGAGAAAAUCCUUGACAAAGAUAUCUGGCGCCAAUCCCUGGCCGACCACAUGGAGGAACGCGUGCAGCGAGCAGAAGAAAUACGCCAUCGGGUGCUCACGGUUUAUCGGCAGCGGGUUCGGAUUGACAACCAGCUGGAACGAAACAUGCACGCCCAGAACCUCAAGCAAACGCUGGAACAAGAACGCUUCAAGCUAAUCCAGCUGCAGGAAAGAAUCCUGGCUCGGGAGAGCCGUUUCCAGAAGUUCAAGGACAGCAAGAAACGGAUCUUCGAUCAGCUGAAGAACCGCGCCAAAGCUACGGCUGCCCUACGGGAUAUGGUUAAACUGUCCAUUAGUCCGGAUGCCUGUGCGAAAGUCAUCGUGCCCAAUCAGCACCGGAUGGUGAACGUUGUCCACGUAAAAUAAAAACACCUUCAUUAGAUAAGUCCAAUACAAAAAUAUAAAUGUGUAGAUUAACA